GAGUGGAUGGAACCGGUAGAGGGGUUUCCUUUUCGUCAGGCUCUUCCAGAAUCUUCAACAAUUUUUUCCCCUGUUUAAUUGAUGCAGUUGAACAGCGAUUAAAACAGGUGACAUCGAUCUGGCUGAAAGGACAUGACAAGCGAGAGGCCGGCAUUGAAGAUGCCGGGUGCUGUGUCGCUUUCGGACCGACAAAUCCCCCCGUGUCAUGGGCAGCCAGGGGGCUUUGGUACCGGGGAAAUAAUGGUAUCUGGCUCGGGCUCUAUGGUUCUACCGGCUGGGAUGAUCAACCCGCAGGUGCCCAUCCGGAAUAUCAAGAUGAAAUUCGCGGUUCUGAUCGGAUUGAUCCAGGUGGGGGAGGUUAGCAACAGGGAUAUCGUGGAGACUGUGCUCAACCUGCUGGUGGGGGGUGAGUUUGACCUGGAGCAGAACUUCAUCAUAGCGGCGGCGGAGAGCCUGGGCUGUAUGGUAGAGCUGUUGGAGCACUGUGAUGUGACCUGCCAGGCUGAGGUGUGGUCCAUGUUCACAGCCAUCCUCAGGAAGAGUGUCCGUAACCUCCAGACCAGCACUGAGGUGGGCCUCAUAGAGCAGGUGCUGCUGAAGAUGAGCUCCGUUGAUGACAUGAUUGCAGACCUGCUGGUGGAUAUGUUAGGAGUGCUGGCCAGCUACAGCAUCACAGUGAAGGAGCUCAAACUGCUGUUCAGUAUGCUGAGGGGAGACCGAGGGCUCUGGCCAAGGCAUGCAGUGAAGCUGCUGUCUGUUCUGAACCAGAUGCCUCAGAGACACGGUCCAGACACUUUCUUCAACUUCCCCGGACGCAGUGCUGCGGCCAUAGCGCUGCCUCCCAUUGCUAAGUGGCCAUACCAGAAUGGCUUCACUCUCAACACCUGGUUCAGAAUGGACCCUCUAAACAACAUCAACGUCGACAAAGACAAACCAUAUCUCUACUGCUUUCGCACCAGUAAAGGAAUCGGCUACUCUGCACAUUUCGUGGGCAACUGUCUGAUCGUGACAUCACUGAAGUCUAAAGGCAAAGGCUUCCAGCACUGUGUCAAAUAUGACUUUCAACCUAGGAAGUGGUACAUGAUCUGCAUCGUCCAUAUCUACAACCGCUGGAGGAACAGUGAGAUCCGUUGCUAUGUCAACGGUCAGCUGGUCUCCUAUGGCGACAUGGCCUGGCACGUCAACACCAACGAUAGUUAUGAUAAGUGCUUCCUGGGAUCGUCGGAGACAGCUGACGCUAACAGGGUGUUCUGUGGUCAGCUGGGGGCCAUCUAUGUGUUCUCUGAGGCUCUCAACCCAGCUCAGAUAUUUGCCAUCCAUCAGCUGGGAGCGAGCUAUAAGAGUACAUUUAAGUUUAAGUCGGAGAGUGACAUCCACCUGGCGGAGCACCAUAAGCAGGUCCUGUAUGAUGGGAAGCUGGCCAGCUCCAUCUCCUUCACCUACAACGCCAAGGCUACCGACGCCCAGCUCUGCCUGGAGUCAUCGCCCAAGGAGAACGCCUCCAUCUUUGUCCACUCACCCCAUGCCCUUAUGCUACAGGAUGUGAAGGCCAUAGUGACCCACUCCAUCCACAGUGCCAUCCACUCUAUAGGAGGAAUCCAGGUGCUGUUCCCUCUCUUCUCCCAGCUGGACUACCAUCAACCCAACGACCAACACAACUACCAGCACCAUGAGACCCAGCUGGACUACCAUCAACCCAAUGACCAGCACAACUACCAGAACCAUGAGACCAAGCUGGAGACUACCGUCUGUGCCACCCUCCUGGUGUUCCUGGUUGACCUGUUGAAGAGCUCGGUGGCGAUGCAGGAACAGAUGCUGGGAGGGAAAGGAUUCCUUGUAAUCGGGUUUCUGCUGGAGAAGUCCUCCAGGGUCCACAUCACACGUGCGGUCCUGGAGCAGUUCCUGUCCUUCGCUAAGUACCUGGAUGGGUUAACCCACGGAGCACCACUCCUCAAACAGCUCUGUGACCACAUCCUGUUCAACGCAGCCAUCUGGAUACACACCCCCGCCAAGGUCCAGCUCUCUCUGUACAUGUACCUGUCUGCAGAGUUUAUCGGCACGGCAACCAUCUACACCACCAUCCGUCGUAUUGGGACAGUGCUGCAGCUGAUGCACAGUCUGAAGUACUACUACUGGACCUGCAACCCUGAGGCCAGCAGUGGCAUUACACCUAAAGGACUGGAUGGUCCAAGGCCUACCCAGCAGGAGAUCAUCUCUCUCAGGGCUUUCAUGUUGCUGUUCCUCAAACAACUUAUCCUCAAGGACCGAGGAGUGAAGGAGGAUGAGCUGCAGAGUAUCCUGAACUACCUGCUAACCAUGCAUGAGGAUGAUAAUAUCCAUGAUGUUCUUCAGCUGGUAGUGGCUUUGAUGUCAGAACACCCAGCCUCCAUGAUUCCAGCCUUCGACCAGAGGAACGGCAUACGGGUGAUGUACAAGCUGCUGGCCUCUAAGACUGAAAGCAUCAGAGUCCAGUCCCUCAAAGUCCUGGGAUAUUUCCUCAAACACCUGGGACACAAAAGGAAGGUUGAGAUCAUGCACACACACAGUCUCUUCACUCUCCUGGGGGAGAGGCUGAUGCUUCAUACUAAUACUGUGUCAGUGACCAUCUACAACACGCUGUACGAGAUCCUGACGGAGCAGUUAUGUACCCAGGUCGUCCACAAACCCCACCCUGAACCAGACUCUACAAUCAAGAUACAGAACCCCAUGAUCCUUAAGGUAGUAGCGACCCUGUUGAAGAGCUCGUCCCCCAGCGUUGAGCUGAUGGAAGUUCGACGUCUCUUCCUCUCAGACAUGAUCAAACUGUUCAGCAACAGCCGGGAAAACCGACGGUGUCUGUUGCAGUGUUCAGUAUGGCAGGACUGGAUGUUCAGUCUGGGGUAUAUCAACCCUAAAAACCCAGAGGAACAGAAGAUGAUGGAGAUGGUCUAUAACAUCUUCAGGAUCCUGCUCUACCAUGCCAUCAAGUAUGAGUGGGGAGGUUGGAGGGUCUGGGUGGAUACACUCUCCAUUGCUCACUCCAAGGUAACGUACGAGGCCCAUAAGGAGUACCUGGCUAAGAUGUAUGAGGACUACCAGCGUCAAGAGGAGGAGAACAUUAAGAAGGGGAGAAAGGGUCUGGUCAGCACCAUCUCAGGCCUGCAGGACCUCCAGGCCGGGGGCAUCCAGGGAAACAUGGAGAUCAGAGAGGUAGACGACCACUCCCAGACACAGACCCCGGAGAGCGAGGCCGACUACCCCGAGACCCCCGGCCACCCCAGGAAUAUACUGUCAGAGGGGAAGACAGGGGAGGAGGGGGGGCUCGGGGGGACAGAGAGGAUGGGGUCAGGGGUCAGAGUGGAGGUUCAUGACCUGCUGGUGGACAUCAAGGCUGAGAAGGUGGAAGCAACGGAGGUGAAGCUGGAUGACCUGGACCUGUCUCCAGAGACGCUGGGCGUGACAGUGGGUGUGGCUGGGGGUGUUGUCUCUGAGGACAGGGGCGGGGCGUUGGUCCAGGUGGACUCCCUAUUGGACAACGUGUACUGUGCUGCUGUAGAGAAGCUGAGCAGCAGCGCCGCCAGCGGAGUAAUGGUCCCCAACGCAACCGUCGGCGUAGCCCACGACAACCACAACACCGGUCCCCUCAUCACCCUUGCUGACGACGACAAGGACAGUCUCCCUAGCAACAGCAGCUUCCUGUUUGGCCAGGAGGAGCCCCUGGUCCUGCCAAGUCCUGGUUCUAACCCCGACCCCGAGCCCCCAGUCCCCCCGGGCCAAAGCCAUGACCUGGGCAUGCUGGCUCACAUGACGGGCAGCUCUGAUCUGGGGAUUGUCGGCAUGGUCGGCACGGUCAGUCCUGGUGGUCCGAUCAGCAGCAUCCUGGAGGAGGAUCGGUUCAAGCUCCAGACCACCCUGGGUGACGUCACCUCAAUGCCCAGGGAAGAGGCCUCCUCUAAGGGGUCAGAGUUCACAGAUGCGGGGGCUGGAGCUAGUGCUGGAGGGUCUGGGGUGUCGGAGGGUGGCGAGCCCUCGGCUGGUGGGAAAGGUAGUGGGGCGGAUGCAGUCAGCAACACCUCAGACACAGAGAGGUCAGACGACGGAAAGGACAAGGAGGUUAAGAAGAUACAGACCACUACUACUACACAGUCCCUCCAUGGUCGUACGGCAGCCCAGUUAGAGCGUGACCUGCGUGUGGACCUGGGCUUCAGAGGGAUGCCCAUGACCGAGGAGCAGCGUCGCCAGUUCAGCCCUGGCCCUCGCACCACCAUGUUCCGCAUCCCAGAGUUCAAAUGGUCGCCCAUGCACCAGCGCCUCCUCACCGACCUGCUGUUUGCCCUGGAGACAGACGUCCACGUCUGGAGGAGCCAUUCAUCCAAAUCCGUCAUGGACUUUGUCAACAGCAAUGAGAACAUCAUCUUUGUCCACAACACCAUCCACCUCCUCUCUCAGAUGGUAGACAACAUCAUCAUUGCCUGUGGAGGGAUCCUUCCUCUGCUCUCCGCUGCCACCUCUCCUUCUGCUGAGUUGGAGAACAUCGAGGCGGCCCAGGGCAUGUCUUCAGAGACGGCUGUGUCCUUCCUGUCCCGUCUCAUGGCCAUGGUGGACGUUCUGGUGUUCGCAAGCUCACUCAACUUCUCUGAGAUAGAGGCAGAGAAGAACAUGUCCUCUGGAGGCCUGAUGAGACAGUGUCUACGACUGGUGUGUUGUGUAGCAGUGAGGAACUGUCUGGAUGUUAGACAGAGACAGAGGGACAGAGGGACCAACAGUAAGAGCCAGGACAACAUGUAUGGUACAGCAUCUGCCAACAAGGACCCUGACAGACUUCUACAGGACGUCGACAUCAACCGUCUGAGAGCUGUCGUGUUCCGGGAUGUGGAUGACAGUAAGCAGGCCCAGUUCCUGGCCCUAGCGGUGGUAUACUUCAUCUCUGUCCUCAUGGUGUCAAAGUACCGGGACAUCCUGGAACCCCAGAGAGAGACCAACAGGAUGAUCAGCCAAUCAGCAUGCAGCAUUCGCCACGAGAUCAACUCACCUACCAGCACAGAGACCCCCCUGGCGUACCCUGACCACAGUAAGGAGCCCCCCACCCCUGUAGAGGAGCUCCACAUACAGAGAGGCUCUCUGCCGCACACUGACUCUGGCAUUGGAGAGGAACAGGUGACCAGUGUGUUAAACGGGGCAGACCUGGACCCUUCAGGACCCGGGCGAGCUGACGUCAUGUCUUCCCUGCUCGGCAGCCUCUCCUCUGGGGGGAAGCAUAGCCAAGAGUCCCUCUUGGAGCCGCCUGGCCUGGAGGUCCUAAGGACUGCCUCAUCCAUCUCCUCCAUCAGCCAAUCAAACAUCAACGUCCGAGAGAUCCUGAAGAGCCUAGUGACUGGGCCUGUAGAGGGUGGGGAGCCUGGACCAGAGCCCCUCCCCUACCCCGAUCCUGCCGUACAGAGAGAGACCUAUCACCCCAUGCUGCCCAUGCAGUUCCACUCCUUUGACAGGAGUGUGGUGGUCCCAGUGAAGAAGCCUCCACCAGGCAGUCUGGCUGUGAACACGGUUGGACACGCAUCCUCCAGCAGCCUGGCAACAGGCUCCACCCCCAACAUCUUUGCUGCAUCCUCCAACACCACCAAGAGCAUGAUCAACACCACCGGAGCUACAGACUCAGCCUCCUCUUCCUCCACCUCUUCCUCAUCCUUCGUCAAUGGGGCCACCAGUAAGAACCUGCCUGCUGUCCAGCCAGUGGCGCCCAUGCCUGAAGACACAGUGGAGAACAUGAGUAUCACUACUAAGUUGGAGCGUGCGCUGGAGAAGGUGGCCCCACUCCUUAGGGAGAUCUUUGUGGACUUUGCACCGUUCCUCUCUAGGACCCUGUUGGGAAGCCAUGGCCAGGAGCUGCUCAUAGAAGGUCUGGUGUGUAUGAAGUCCAGCACCUCUGUAGUGGAACUAGUCAUGCUGCUCUGCUCUCAGGAGUGGCAGAACUCGAUCCAGAAAAAUGCCGGCCUCGCCUUCAUCGAGCUCAUCAAUGAGGGAAGAUUGCUGUGUCAUGCUAUGAAGGACCACAUCGUGCGUGUUGCCAACGAGGCAGAGUUCAUCCUCAACAGACAGAGAGCAGAAGACGUCCAUAAACACGCUGAGUUUGAGUCUAACUGUGCCCAGUACGCUGCUGAUCGGAGGGAGGAGGAAAAUAUGUGUGAUCACCUGAUCAGCGCUGCCAAACACAGAGACCAUGUGACUGCCAACCAGCUCAAACAGAAGAUCCUCAACAUCCUCACCAAUAAGCAUGGAGCCUGGGGCAGCCUGGCACAGAGUCAGCUGAAUGACUUCUGGCGUCUGGACUACUGGGAGGACGACCUACGGAGGAGGCGGAGAUUCGUACGGAACCCCUUUGGCUCGACCCACCUGGACAUCCCCUGCAAGACGCUGGAUGACUAUGGCAGCGAGGAGGACGAGUUGGUCAAGUCGAAGAAGGGAUUCCGCAGCCAGGCAAUAGCCAAUCAGAGCCCAGAGACGGACCUGAUGUUGGAUGGAGACGAUGACACUGCCAGUCUGCUGCAGGAGAAGGAGAUGGACAACCUGGCUGGCCCAGUGGUCCUCAGCACCCCGGCCCAGCUCGUGGCCCCGGUAAUACUGGCGCGAGGGACGCUCUCCAUCACGACGACCGAGAUCUAUUUCGAAGUGGACGAGGAUGACCCCUCCUUCAAACGGCUUGACUCCAGGGUCCUGGCGUACUCAGAGGGUCUGCAUGGUAAAUGGAUGUUCAGUGAGAUCAGAGCGGUCUUCUCCAGGCGAUUCCUGCUCCAGAACACCGGCCUGGAGGUCUUCAUGGCCAACAGGACGUCAGUGAUGUUUAACUUCCCAGACCAGGCCACAGUGAAGAAGGUAGUCUACAGUCUACCCAGGGUCGGAGUGGGAACCAGCUAUGGCCUACCACAAGCCAGGCGUAUCUCCAUGGCGACGCCCCGGCAGCUCUUCAAGUCGUCCAACAUGACCCAGCGCUGGCAAAGGAGGGAGAUCUCCAACUUCGAGUACCUCAUGUUCCUCAACACCGUCGCAGGGAGGACCUACAACGAUCUGAACCAGUACCCUGUGUUUCCCUGGGUUCUCACCAACUAUGAGUCCGAGGAGCUGGACCUCACCCUGCCGGGCAACUUCAGAGAUCUCUCCAAGCCAAUCGGAGCGUUGAACCCGAAGCGUGCAGCGUUCUAUGCAGAGCGCUACGAGACGUGGGAAGAGGACCAGACCCCCCCGUAUCACUACAACACCCACUACUCCACCGCUAAGUCCACCCUGCUCUGGCUGCUCAGGAUAGAGCCUUUCACCACGUUCUUCCUGAAUGCUAACAACAACAAGUUUGACCAUGCAGACCGGACCUUCUCAGCCAUCACCCGCUCCUGGAGGCACUGCCAGAGAGACACCUCAGAUGUCAAGGAGUUGAUUCCAGAGUUCUACUACCUGCCAGAGAUGUUUGGUAACAGUAAUGGUUACCACCUGGGUCAGAGGGAGGACGGCAGCAUGGUGUGUGAUGUGGAGCUGCCUCCCUGGGCCAACAAGCCUGAGGACUUUGUUAGGAUCAACCGGAUGGCCCUGGAAAGUGAGUUCGUGUCGUGUCAGCUGCAUCAGUGGGUUGACCUUAUUUUUGGCUACAAGCAGCGCGGGCCCGAGGCGGUGCGCGCCCUCAACGUCUUUCACCACCUGACCUAUGAGGGUUCCGUCAGCCUGGACAGCAUCACUGACCCCGCCCUCAGAGAGGCGAUGGAGCAGCAGAUUCUGAUUGUUGGACAGACUCCGUCUCAGUUGCUCAUCGAGCCACAUCCACCUCGCAGUUCGGCCAUGCACCUGUGUUUCCUUCCCCAGAGCCCUCUGAUGUUUAAGGACCAGAUGCAGCAGGAUGUGAUCAUGGUGUUGAAGUUCCCUUCCAACUCCCCAGUGACCCACGUAGCAGCCAACACCCUGCCACACCUCUCUGUACCUGCCGCUGUCACCGUCACCUGCAGCAGACUGUUCGCUGUCAACCGCUGGCACAACACUGUCGGUUUGAGAGGAGCGCCAGGUUACUCCCUGGAACAGGCCCACCACCUGCCCAUAGAGAUGGACCCUCUGAUUGCCAACAACUCUGGGAGUAACAAGCGUCAGAUCACAGACCUGGUGGAUCAGAGCAUCCAGAUCAACACACACUGCUUCGUGGUUACCGCUGACAACCGCUACAUCCUGGUCUGUGGCUUCUGGGACAAGAGCUUCAGAGUCUACUCCACCGAGACAGGUAAGCUAACCCAGAUAGUGUUCGGCCACUGGGACGUGGUGACGUGUCUGGCCAGGUCAGAGAGCUACAUCGGGGGAGACUGCUACAUCGUGUCAGGGUCCAGAGACGAUACACUGCUACUGUGGUACUGGAGCGGACGACACCACAUCAUAGGAGACAACCCCAACAACAGUGACUACCCGGCACCGCGAGCUGUGCUGACCGGCCAUGACCAUGAGGUGGUGUGUGUCUCUGUGUGUGCCGAGCUGGGACUGGUCAUCAGUGGAGCCAAAGAGGGUCCGUGUCUGGUCCACACUAUAACAGGGGAUCUGCUGCGGGCCCUGGAAGGCCCAGAUAACUGCCUGUGUCCCCGCCUCAUAUCUGUGUCUAGCGAGGGCCACUGUAUCAUCUGCUACGAGAGAGGACGCUUCUGUAACUUCAGCAUCAACGGAAAAUUACUGGCUCAGAUGGAGGUCAAUGACUCAACACGGGCCAUUAUGCUGAGUAGUGAUGGACAGAACCUGGUGACGGGAGGAGACAACGGGGUGGUGGAGGUGUGGCAGGUCUGUGACUUCAAACAGCUCUACAUCUACCCAGGCUGUGAUGCUGGUGUCCGCGCCAUGGACCUCUCUCACGACCAGAGGACUCUCAUCACUGGCAUGGCAUCCGGUAGCAUUGUGGCGUUCAACAUUGACUUCAACCGGUGGCACUACGAACACCAGAACAGAUACUGAGGGUUACAGAGAGGCAGUACAACAAGGCUGCUGGUUUGGAGGACACCUGGACACUACUGUUAAUCAACUAUACAGGUUAACUGCUGUUAACUACCUAUACAAGUUAACUAGGGUUAACUAACUACCGGUAUAAGAGUUAACUAAUGUUAACUAACCAUACAGGUUAACUAUCUAACCAUAAGCUGUUAACCAGGUUAGGAAUACAGUGUAGUAAUACAGUGGGGUCCAAAAUGAUUGACAUCCUUGAUGAAGAUUAACAAUAAUGACUGUAUAAAAUAAAUAACUCAAAUACUGAGCGAAAUUAUAUGCACCAAAAAUUUGAAAGAUAUAUUAUUUUAUACUAAUACAAUUGCUUAGAGAAAGAGAUUUGGUUAACAAGUUUUUUUUUUUUUAUCUCACAAAGGUUUGGGUCAAAAUUAUUGACAUCGGGAAAGAUUCUUCUAGAUAAAGUAGUCAAAAGUGUAGUGUUUGGUGCCAUAUUCCUAGCACGCAAUGACUACAUCAAACUUGUUGGAUGCAU